AUGGCAGCAGGUGUCAGUCUGUUGAGUGACCUGUCCCACACCAGCAGGGCGGCUGGCAGUGGAGAGAACAGCACGGACAUGGAUCCAGUCAGCGUCAGGGUUCCCACCGCUAAGUACACUAAAGUUGGGGAGACACUGCGGCAUGUUAUUCCUGGGCACAUGCAGUGUUCAAUGGCAUGUGGGGGCAGAGCCUGCAAGUAUGAAAAUCCUUCUCGAUGGAGUGAUGAGGAGCAAGCCAUUAAAGGACUCUACUCGUCCUGGAUCACGGACAAACUAUUGGCUAUGGCACGACCUUCAACCGAAAUCAUCGAAAAAUACAACAUCAUUGACCAGUUUCAGAGGUGCGGUCUGAAGACAGUUAUUAACCUGCAGCGCCCAGGAGAACACGCCAGCUGCGGCAACCCUCUGGAGACCGAGAGCGGCUUUACCUACCAUCCCGAAGUGUUCAUGGAGGCUGGCAUCUACUUUUACAACUUUGGCUGGAAAGACUAUGGGGUGGCGUCCCUGACUACUAUCCUAGACAUGGUGAAAGUCAUGUCAUUCGCUGUGCAGGAGGGCAAAAUGGCAGUACAUUGCCACGCCGGGCUCGGAAGAACAGGUGUCCUAAUAGCAUGUUACUUAGUGUUUACCUCCAGGAUGAGUGCUGAUCAGGCCAUUCUGUUUGUGAGAGCUAAACGUCCAAAUUCCAUUCAAACGCGUGGUCAGCUGCUUUGUGUCCGAGAGUUCGCACAGUUUUUGAUGCCUCUCCGAAGUGUGUUCUCGUGUGCAGAGCCCAAAACCAACAGUGUCACUCUGUCACAGUAUCUGACGCGCCAGCGCCACCUGCUGCACGGCUACGAGGCGCGGCAGAUGAGACACGUGCCAAAGAUUGUUCAUCUUGUGUGCAGGCUGCUGCAGGACGUAGCCGAGGGCCGGCAGACGGUAGAAGAAGAAGUGCUGGAGAUCUCUGAUCUUACGGCAGAGGUGGAGAAGACUGUCUCUCAGCAAGCUAUUCAACAGUUAGGGAAAGAGAUGAGGGGCAAGGGCAUCCCCAUGCCUUCAUCUUGCUCUUCUGAGCCGCCCGCUCUUCCUAACCUCCUGUCUCUGCCACCUAACGAUCAGCCACUCCCCAGCGACCAAGAGUAUGAUAUGCUCUGGCCAGGGCAGAAUGCAGAUAACGCCAGCAAAGCUCUCCUCGCUCUGAAGAGAAACCUCAGCUAUAGUGACUCAGCUUUGCAUAAACUGGGAUCCAAGCUCCAGCCGUUUGAAAGCCCUGGUAACAGUCUGACCAGAAAGCUUUUCUCAAAGCCACUAACCAAUCUGUGUGCAUCUCAGAACACUGUAGUUGUCUCUGAAACUCAGACUGGUCUCGCUCAGUUUCCUCUUCCCCAGGACACCAUGAGCAGUCCCAAAUGCGCCUCUCUUACCGGUUCCUCUGGCUCCAUAGAUGAACCCAGAAAAGAAUUCGAUCAAAAGCACGACUUUCCUAAUUUCCAAAGGAGAAACCCCCUGAAGGAAACAAAACGCAGCAAGUCCUUUGCUUUUUCAGAAUGGAGCAAGAACGGGGACUGCAGUGAUAUGGUGUCAUCCUGGAGAACAGAAAGGAAAGCAGAGCUACAAGAUGACAGAAAGCCCUGCAAUGUUCUUGAGUUCAGCACUAUUGCCGAGGGCCAUGAUGACAAAGAAAUAGUAACUGGAACCCCCUUUACCGCUGAGACUGAACUUACUGUGGAGACACGUUGCCUCCUGGUAGCCAAAGCACUUGCAAUGGAUAUGUGUGGAGAGGACCUUAGGAACAGGAUCUCAGUAUGGCAGACAGAGCUGAAUUCAAGAGAAGGCGCUUGGGAGCGAUUGUGUAUGGAACGAGAUCCACUGCUACUGUCCAGCCUCAUGUGGUCCUGGCUUGAACAGCUAAAAGAGCCUGUCUUCAGCAAAGAGGAUGUGAAAGCCCUAGCUGAGAGCCACUGCAACCCUUAUCAUGCUCUGGAUUCUUUAGAGAAGGGCCACAAACAGACACUACUUCGUGUUCUUGACUGUGCUGCACAUUUACUGGAAAUACCAAAGGACACUGAAACUGAUAUACUAAACCGUAUAAUCAAGGCAUUUACAAAGGUGGCCUGUGAUGCAGAACAUGGAGAUGAGGUCUAUAAGAACCUGAGAGUGAUCUUGGCUCCAGUACUGACUGACAUGAGAAAUAAAGCUAUGAAUGAAAUAGAGCCCACAUGCAACUGCUCUCUAGUUCCCUGA